GCUCUGGAGGAAGGCCGCUGUGAGGAGACCUGUUGGACGGAGGGAGAGAGGAAGAGCAGGGAGGAGGCUGCAGGAACCCACCGCCCCUCUCCGGGCAGGAAAGCACCCACCCCGUGGGGGGGGGGGCUCCAGCAGGGCAUGAUGGGAAUAUCCCUCUACCCGGCUGCCUGCUAGCCCAGUCUGACCCUCGAGUGGCCCGUGGUGCUUCCUGGCCAGCCGUCUCGAGGUUUCGACUCCCAGGCCCUCUCAAUGAGGCCCGCCCCCUCCCCACAGACAGAGGGUCCUACCGAGGAUGUAAGCCGCCACCAGCUUCUGUGGGGGGGUGACGUGGAGGAUGGACGGCAGCAGUUCGCUGGGCUGACCCUGCAGCGGGAGCAUGAGCACGCCCAGGCAGGCAGCGGCCAUCGCCAGGCCGGUCUUCCUCUGUGGGGGUGACCACACCGGAGACACGGGGUACAUUGCCAGCGAGGGCUUUCCCAGCCACUACCCCCCAAGCAAGACCUGCACCUGGACCAUUACGGUGCCCGAGGGCCAGGUGGUGAUGCUCUCCUUCCGAGUGUUUGACCUGGAGCCGGACCCCACCUGUCGCUAUGACCACCUGGAUGUGUACAAUGGGCACGUGGCGGCCGAGGCGCAGCGGCUGGGCCGGUUCUGCGGCACCUUCCGCCCAGGCGCGGUCCUGUCCACCAGCAACCACAUGAUGCUGCAGAUGGUGUCGGACGAAGGGACGGGCGGGAGAGGAUUCCUGGUGUGGUUCAGCGGUGGGCUUCCUCACAUCAACGAGCACCAGUUCUGUGGGGGGAAGCUGGAGAAGGCCCAGGGCACGCUCAAGACCCCCAACUGGCCCGAGAGCGACUACCCGCCUGGCAUCAGUUGCUCCUGGCACAUCAUCGCCCCUAAGGACAAGGUGGUGGCCCUGACCUUUGGCAAGUUUGACGUGGAGCUGGACACUUACUGCCGCUACGACUACGUGGCCGUCUUCAACGGGGGAGACCGGGACGAUUCACGGCGCAUUGGCAAGUUCUGCGGGGACAUUUCGCCCAGCCCAAUCUACUCGGAUGGGAACGAACUGCUGGUCCAGUUUGUCUCCGACCUCAGCGUCACGGCCGACGGCUUCUCGGCCUCCUACGUGGUGAAGAGCCGCAACGAGCUGGUGGACACAGCUGCCUCCAAGCCGACGGGCCGCGUCUUCCCGGGCGCCAAGCCGGCUCAGCCCGGCAGAAAGCCCACGGCGCCCAGACCCAAACCGGCCAAGCCGACCCCCAAGCCCCGGCCCCAAGCCCCGGCCCCCACAGCCGCCAGCACGGGUGAGGUGACGACGUGCCCAGAACGCUGCCGUCGGACAGGCACCCUCCAGAGCAAUUUCUGUGCCAGCGAUUUUGUGGUCACGGGCACGGUGAAGACGGCCGUGCGGGGAGCCGGGAGCCGAGUGACGGCCACCGUGCUGCUCAUCCACACCUACAAGGCGGGCGCCCUCAGCCUCCCCCCAGCAGGAGGCGAAGCCACACUGCGCCUGGACGUGCCCUGCAGACAGUGCCCCAUCCUCAAGAAAGGUGCCAGCUACGUCUUCAUGGGCAAGGUGGAUGCCAGUGGGGCGGGACAGCUGCCCCCCAGCAGUUUCGUGGUUCCUUUCCGGCAGCAGCAGCACCACCAGAUCCUCACCAACAUCGGCAAGCGGCCUUGCACGGCGCCUGCGGCCAGGAAGAGGACCUGAGCCCCCCCCCGCCGUCCUCCCAGCCCCCACACGGACAGCGCCCUCCGAGAUGCCCCGGCCGGGCUCAGUGUAACCAAUAAAGGGGGAGAGUGUGGCCCUC